AUGAGGAUGCUAUGGCAACCAGAAUCAGCUCAUUUCAGCCAAAUGAAUAAUCACAAAGAUUUGUCGCGCAUGCCGCUCUCGGUUGUUAACGGCUACCUCAUAACGGCCGGAAACAAUCUUACGGAAUCUCGGCUCCACGUCUUCCAACAAAUACUUUGUAGUUUACUAUUUGAUUGUUUGCAAACGCUAUGUAUUUUGGUGUCUCUAAUUAAUGCCUCACCGGUAAUCAAUAUUGGCCUAAUUUAUGCAAAUACAACAAUUCCAAAGGCACCCGACUUUUUGCAAGCCGGUCUACAUGAUGUAUCUGGUGCACAACCUUCCCAGGAGUAUCAGUUUAGGUUGUUACCAGUACCAUCGAUGGGUUGUUUCAAAAGCAAGUAUAAAAGCAAUGAUGCAGCCAUUAUCGCGGAAAUGUAUUACGAAAAUGGUCUUCAAAUGCUUUUUGGACCAGCCUGUGACAGUGACUUGAAUAUUGUUGGGAGGUUAACGAAAGAAUGGAACAUUUUACAGUUCAAUUUUCGCAAUGAGUAUUUUGACAAUGACCGCAGUUCCGUUGUGCAGACAUCAACUAUUUCCUCACUGAAUGCCGCAUUCAAUUUGGUUGCGUUCUUUAAAAUAAUGAGUUGGGAUAAGGUAGUAUUAAUUUGGUCAGUGAUAGCAUUUGACGACGAAAAUACCACCAAACUUAAAAUUGCAAAUAUCCGGACGAUAUUCAAAUUAAACGGUAUUUCUCUACUAAGCGAUAUUCGAGUAAAUACAACCGAUGUAACUCGACCACUGGUGGAUGUGUUAAUGGGAAUUAAGAACACUUCCAGAAUUUGGAUUCCGAUAUUUGGAUAUUAUCUUCAUGAUUAUAUAGAAUUUUUGGAAGCUGUAAAACAACUUAGCCUUGACCCAACCGUUUAUGUUAUUGUGCUCUUGGAUUUUUUCGUACUUGGAGAGUUUAAGCCACCAUGGAUACUUCCCAAUAACGGACCAUUUGGCCCAAUAUGGUUAAACCAAUAUGCAGUUCGGUUGACUCCGUUUCAAGCUAAAUAUGUUGAAGUUUUUCAAGAAGAACCAGUUAGCAUUGCGGAGUUGUUUCUGACCAAAGAAUGUGACUCGGACCUGGCCAGAAAAAAAGGAGCUAAUGGACGUUGCAUUACUUUGAUUGGUAAAAUAACCGAUUAUAAUACAACAAUAACAAGGCAUUUUCCAGUGGAUGUGCCUCUAUGCGGUUUCGAAGGAGAAUUGUGCGACUAUAUGGGGGGCGUAGUGAAAAUCUUCCUGAUCAUAGUGGCAUUCAUUUUGCUGUUAUGUGCUUUUUUUGCUUAUCGGAAAUCAAAAAGUGGUGAGACGUCAAAGAUGCCGUGGGCAAUUCCUCAUCAGCUCCUCAAGUUUGUUAACAUCGAAACAUCUUCGAUAAUGUCCAUGCAAAGUGCACAGCAGCAAGAGUCAAAGAUGAAAUUGAAAGAUUUAUUGUGCUCGCGAGAGUUUGCAAUGACCGAAUUUGGGGCAGUGAUUGUGGAACCAUAUGCACUCAAAGCAGGAUUAUUUUUCGAUAGUUCGGAUGUUGCACUUCUUCAUCAGAUGAAACAGCUGGUACACGAUAAUAUCAAUCAGUUCAUUGGGAUAUGCUUUGACAAACGAACCGAAUUCUAUACAAUUUGGAAUCAUUGUUUCCGUGGGACAUUAGCUGACAUGGUGUUUUUUAAUGCGAGCACGGGUCCGACAGAUAAGCUGAGCAAUGAUAACAAAAUUGGUCCAGCAUUUCAACAAAACUUUAAGCGAGCUUUUGUUCGUGAUAUUAUUCGGAUGAAACAGCUGGUACACGAUAAUAUCAAUCAGUUCAUUGGGAUAUGCUUUGACAAACGAACCGAAUUCUAUACAAUUUGGAAUCAUUGUUUCCGUGGGACAUUAGCUGACAUGGUGUUUUUUAAUGCGAGCACGGGUCCGACAGAUAAGCUGAGCAAUGAUAACAAAAUUGGUCCAGCAUUUCAACAAAACUUUAAGCGAGCUUUUGUUCGUGAUAUUAUUCGGGGCCUGGAGUUUUUGCAUGCCUCGACGGUUGGUUAUCAUGGUUCAUUGACUCCAUCACAAUGCCUCAUUGAUAGUCACUGGAUCCUGAAACUCUCUGGAUUUGGUUUGUCGAAAUUACUUUAUAAAUGGAGUAUAAAGGGCUCCAUAAGUGCCAAAAACAAGAUGUGGUUAAUUCCAAAUUCAGAUUUACAUUAUUAUUCGCCAGAAAUGCGUCGCUUUCUCAAAAAUAUGAAUGAGGGUACGGUAACAUUCAACACCAAGCAAGCAAGGGCUGCUGACAUAUAUGCGUUUGGAAUUAUAUUGUAUGAAAUUGUCUUUCAUAGGAAGUCGAUUAUACUCGAUGAUAAUCAUUAUAAUAUCAAAACAGUGAAUAAAGAUACUUUAAGCAUUUUUUGUGAGUCAGCCGAAGCGCUGAUUCCGCCUUAUCCAUCUAUCCCGGGAAACAUCGAAGUGCAUCCGGAUUUGCUUGGACUAAUGCACAAAUGCUGGUCUGGAAUCAUUGAUCAACGCCCUGAUGCAACACUGGCACGUAAAAUUACGGAUGCUACAUUGAAAAUAUCGGGCAGUUUGGUCGAUCAAAUGAUCAAAAAUCUCGAACAGUACACGAACAAUUUGGAGAAGCUGGUGAAAAAACGGACGCAACAAUUGGAACAAGCACAAGAGCAUGCCGAACGUUUGCUUCUUGAGUUGUUACCUAAGUCCGUAGCUAAUGAGCUGAAAAUAAGUCGUCGAGUCGAUCCAAAGAAUUACAAGUCGGCAACAGUGAUGUAUUCGGAUGUCGUUGGUUUCACAUCGCUUUGCAGUGAUAGUUUGCCGAUGGAAGUGGUUACACUGUUGAGUGGUGUUUUCCAAAAGUUCGAUAUGAUUAUCUCACAGCACCAAUGUUACAAGGUGGAAACAAUUGGCGAUGCAUAUAUGGUAACAUCUGGGGUACCGAUUACUAGUCGACAUAACCAUGUUCGAGAUAUUGCUUUUGUAGCAAUUAUGAUGAGGGAUUUCCUAUCCGAAUAUGAAGUACCGCAUAGACCAGGACAAAAGCUGCACUGUCGCUGGGGUUUCAACACGGGGCCUGUAUUCGCUGGGGUUGUUGGCUUGAAUGCACCGAGAUAUUGUGUUUUUGGCCAGACGGUGACACUGGCAGCAAAAAUGGAAAAUAGUGGUUUGCCGGAUAAAAUUCAGAUCACUCUGAAAAGUUAUCAGCUGUUGACAGCUCGAUAUCCAGAAUUCAAAUGCUCACCGCGAGGAGGAAUUCGAAUUGAUGGAAUCGGCAGAUUGCUCACUUAUUGGUUAGAUGAUUAUGAAGAGUUACUGACAUCGAGUCGCUCAGCAAUUGGAAGUGGCCGCUAGCCUGAGAGGAUCCAUUUUCGUCUUCUGUGUUUUUCUGCUCAGUUGGGAAAUCUAUGAUAAAAUACAUGAAAGGGAAUGAAUCAGUUUUUCCGACUGGAAAUGUGGGUAUGGAAAGCAAGGGGGAGGGUGAAGUAAUGAAGAUCCAGUUCUGGAAUUGGAUUUGAAGCUUCGAAUGGUGCUUUAUGAAAUACCUAAUGUUCGAUCGGUUAAUAAAUCAAUCAGUG